AGGGGACUUGAUACUGGUAACACGUAUGUUGUGGUACCAUUCGUAGCAGAAACAGCAGAGGAGGAAUUUAAAAAAACUGUCCAGAGGAAUGGCACUCUCCAUGCAAAACUAGUGAGAGACAUUGGCUUUGACGACAACAAAGGUCAUAGCAGUAGAAAUGCCGGUGAAAAUUUAGUUGGUAGUAAUGUACCGGUAGAUACCGAAGCAAGCAGCAGUGAUGAGGAGGACGUUGUUGAAGGCGUCAUACCAUGCAGACAGAGCAAUGGACCCGUUGCUGUAUCACAUAAGAGCCAGUCUGAAGUUGAUGCACAACUGACACAUGACGAUGGUAACCACACGCAGAAUCAAGUGGAGGUCCUUGAGGAGGAUGCUCCUGAUCCAGACCAUGAUGACGAACCACUAGCCGGUGGUUGUGCUGAUAAGGAAAGUGCUGUCCCCGCAGUUUAAGCAGAUCUUGCGCUUUCCAAUGACGGUGUAGAUCCUUAACUUUCUGCUGAUGAUGUAGACCCUGGAGUUUCUAUAGGUGUUGCAGAUCAUGAGCUCACCACCGAUGGUGUAGGUCUUGAACUUUCUACUGAUGGUGUAGAUCCUGAGCUUUCUACU